GCCGUUUCUGUGGCCCCGCCCUCCUGAUGACGUACCACACUUCGCGCAUGCUCACUGUCUCCGGGUGUGCGGUGUAUUCCUUAACGCUCGGUGCUGAAGUCUGCGGGAUCGAGAAAGGCUUCUCGUCUCGUAUAUCCGGGAGCCGGGGCUCUGGAUUACUGUCUCCGGGCUGAAGAUAUCACUUUCCUAUUGUUAGACCUGCAGUGAGAGAUUUAUUGGAAGAAAAACCCCAACUGGAGGAAAACCACGACUGAUGACGAGGGAGCAGCAACAAGUGAACCAACCCGAGGACUGGGAGCAUCAAUCAGAGAGAACCCAACUGACUCGGAGAUUCCAGUGAUUCAGUCAGGAGAAAUUUUGGCUAAAAACAAGGAAUUUAUCUACGGGAAUUUCGAACACAACAUGCCAAUUUUGCUGUCUCUGUCCAGAUAUUUAAGAAGUGGAGCAAGGGAUUCACUCGAUCAUCCUUCCUGCUCAGGCUGUGGGGAGGGAUUCACUUGGUCAUCUGACCGACUGGCAAAGCGGAAAUUUUACACGGGGAGAGGCCGUUCAUUUGCUCAGACUGUGAGAAUGGAUUCAGUGGGUCUUCUCAACUGAAUGUACAUCAGCAAGUUCACACUGGACAAGGCCAUUCACCUGUUCUGUGAGUGAGAAGGGAUUCAGUCGUCUUCCCACCUGUGGACACACCAGUCAGUUCACACUGGGCAGAGGCUGGUCAUCUGCUGAAUUUGUGGGGAAGGAUUCACUCGGUCAUCUGACUUCAUGGAUCACCAGCGAGUUCACACUGAGGAGAGGCCGUUCACCUGCUCGGAAUGUGGGAAGGGAUUCACCUACUCAUCCCAACUGAAGAUACAUCAGCGAAUUCACACUGGAGAGAGGCCAUUCACCUGCUCAGACUGUGGGAAGGGAUUCACACAAUUAGCUGGCCUACAAGCACACCAGUCUGUUCACACUGGGGAGAGGCCGUUCACCUGCUCAGACUGUGGGAAGGGAUUCACUUCGUCAUCUCAACUGAAGGUACAUCAGCGAGUUCACACUGGGGAGAGGCCGUUCAACUGCUCAGACUGUGGAAAGGGAUUCACACAGUUAGCUAACCUACAAGCACACCAGUCAGUUCACACUGGGGAGAGGCCGUUCUCUUGCUUAGACUGUGGGAAGGGAUUCAAUUCAUUAUCUAAACUGAAAGUACAUCAGCUAGUUCACACUGGGGAGAGGCCAUUCACCUGCUCAGACUGUGGGAAGGGAUUCACACAGUUAGCUAACCUACAAGCACACCAGUCAGUUCACACUGGAGAGUGGCCGUUCAACUGCUUAGAAUGUGGGAAGGGGUUCAUUCGGUCAUCUCAACUGAAGGUACAUCAGCGAGUUCACACUGGGGAGAGGCCGUUCACCUGCUCAGACUGUGGGAAGGGAUUCACACAGUUAUCUGGCCUGCAAGCACACCAGUCAGUUCACACUGGCGAGAGGCCGUUCAACUGCUCAGACUGUGGUAAGGGAUUCACACAGUUAUCUAGCCUGCAAGCACACCAUUCAGUUCACACUGGCGAGAGGCCAUUCACCUGCUCAGUCUGUGGGAAGGGAUUCACUCUAUCAUCUUGCCUACUGACACACCAGUCAGUUCACACUGGAGAGUGGCCAUUCACCUGCUCAGACUGUGGGAAGGGAUUCACUCGGUCAUCUCAACUGAAGGUACAUCAGCGAGUUCACACUGGGGAGAGGCCAUUCACCUGCUUGGACUGUGGGAAGGGAUUCACUUCGUCAUCUCAACUGAAAGUCCAUCAGCGAGUUCACACUGGGGAGAGGCCGUUCACUUGCUCAGACUGUGGGAAGGGAUUCACUCAGUUAGCUACUCUACAAGCACACCAUUUAGUUCACACUGGGGAGAGGCCAUUCAACUGCUCAGACUGUGGGAAGGGAUUCACUCGGUCAUCUCAAUUGAAGGUACAUCAGCGAGUACACACUGGGGAGAGGCCAUUCACCUGCUCAGACUGUGGGAAGGGAUUCACACAGUUAGCUGGCCUACAAGCACACCAGUCAGUUCACACUGGGGAGAGGCCGUUCACCUGCAUAUUCUGUGGGAAGGGAUUCACUCAAUCAUCUCAAUUGAAGGUACAUGAGCGAAUUCACACAGGUGAGAGGCCAUUCACCUGCUCAGACUGUGGGAAGGGAUUCACUCAGUCAUCUCGCCUACUGACACACCAGUCAGUUCACACUGGAGAGAGACCGUUAACCUCCUGUUAAUGUGGGAAUGUAUUCACUCAGUCAUCUAACCUUAUGUAACUCUCACUCUGGCUAGCAGCUUAAUAUAGGGGGU